UGUUUUCCUACUAAGAGCAAACAAUCUCAAAACGACAAGUGAAAAUGAAUGGUUUGGUAAUUUCGCUGCUUUUAUAUACAUUUAAGUCAACGUAAGUUUGAUCGGUGAAAAUGGCUGCCUGUAGAUGAUAUCCCAGCGUGCAAGGUCCUCCCGUUCAUAGGUUAGCGCCGGUUUUGGCGGAAAAUCCGAACGGCUGGGCCAGUGCGUGCAGCCUUCAGUGCUGCAUGCCUUCAACGUACCGUCCACACGAUCGGUAUGUCCUUUGCAGGAAUGUUACCGCAUUGCCGGGCCGUUUGCUGUGUAUCGUUCGCUGCGACAAGAUUCGUGAAGCUCGUGUGCACGCCACGCCUCGCGAUGAUGAUGAAUAAUGAUGGCUAGGAUGGCGAAGAUGGCUCGUGCACGGCGCAGCUGCAAUCCUCGUCACGUCUCGUAAAGCACGAGCAGCUCGAAUACACACACGCCCGUAGGUACACACAAGUCUACUGUGCCGCACUAAGCUUAUGAGGUGUACUGAACUGCUGGUAAGCAUCAUUUAGUGCUAAACAUUCACCAGCGGAGGUGCCCAGUCCUAGCAAGGGGAAGCAACACUGCCAUAAAGGAGAAGCUUCGAAACGCAUUUCGUGUACAGUUGAUUGAGUGAUUUUAAUCCCAAAAAAGAAAGAUUAUGGCAGAAGAAAACAAAAAUGGAGCAGCACCGGCAACGGAAGUGGAACCGCAAGAUGCGCCCGAAGAGCAAAAGGCUGCAUCCGAGGAGGCAGCACCACCAUCCGAUGUUGAAUCGGAACCAGAGCAGGAGCCUCAAAUUUCAACUUUCGAACGGUUGAAACUAUUCCUGGCGGAAACGAACAAGUUCCUGUUAAUGUACGACGAUCUGGUGGAGAACAAGGACAAGCACAAGAGCGUCUUCCUGUGUGCAGUGAACGAGCUGCGCGAGCGGCUGGUAACGUUGCUCCAACGGUACAUCCUGCACACGAUGGUCAAGGAGGAUUUCCUGUACAAGCACAUUGUGUGCUGCGGCGGAGAGGAUGCGGAGGCAAUUAAUACGGAAGAAUUCGAAGAGCACUAUCAGGAAGUUCACAGCGAGGCAGACAAGGCUAUUUCCUUGCCAGAGCUUGACGAGAUUCGUGCGUACUCGGCCGAAGUCAAGACGUACAUCGAGCUAGGCAAAGCGAUGAACAACGAUCUGAUCUUCUCCCUGAAGCGACUACUGCGAAAGAGCAAUUCCGUGCUGGCGGGACAUCUGGGAUAAGAUGAGCAGUCAUCGACUGAGGGGUUUUAGGGACUCUUCAAACACCACUCAACACAAAAACACUCAACUAGCUCUUAAGCAACAGUAAAAUACAAAUCUACACUAACCCAGGCCAUCAGUACUAAUUCCCGCCAUUCUGCCAGCAGGAUGACGAUCAGUUUACAUCAUUAACUUGUCAUGUGCUUAACGCCAAAAUGGAUAAAAUAAAUGUUACCCCUGAAACAAA